AUGGCAAACGUUAAGUGGGACAAUGGACGUGUAUUAGAGUUUAUUGUGGCCGUCAGGUUGGAUGCCAAAGACAAUUUUUGUCAUCACGAACAGGCGUGUGCCGAAUCGUGUUUAUCCCAGUUGUGCCACUAUAGUAUAGGACUGGCGGGUGCCAAUCCGUGUUUAUCCCAGUUGUUACCAUGUGACGGGUGUGUGUCAAUUUGUGUUUAUCUCGGUUGUGAUACUAUAGGACUGGCGGGUGCCAAUCCGUGUUUAUCCCAGUUGUUACCAUGUGAAUGGCGUGUGCCAAUUUGUGUUUAUCUCGUCGGUUGUGAUACUAUAGGACUGGCGGGUGCCAAUCCGUGUUUAUCCCAGUUGUUACCAUGUGACUGGCGUGUGUCAAUUUGUGUUUAUCUCGUCGGUUGUGAUACUAUAGGACUGGCGGGUGCCAAUCCGUGUUUAUCCCAGUUGUUACCAUGUGACUGGCGUGUGCCAAUUUGUGUUUAUCUCGUCGGUUGUGAUACUAUAGGACUGGCGGGUGCCAAUCCGUGUUUAUCCCAGUUGUUACCAUGUGACUGGCGUGUGCCAAUUUGUGUUUAUCUCGUCGGUUGUGAUACUAUAGGACUGGCGGGUGCCAAUCCGUGUUUAUCAUCUGUAUGCCGUCCAUUGCGUCGGUUCAUAAGCGGCAAUGUGACGUGCUAUUAUCAUGUGUGUCGAACAUUGCGUCGGUUCAUAAGCGGCAAUGUGACGGGCAAUUAUCAUGUGUGUCAAACAUUGCGUCGGUUCAUAAGCGGCAAUGUGACGUGCUAUUAUCAUGUGUGUCAAACAUUGCGUCGGUUCAUAAGCGGCAAUGUGACGUGCUAUUAUCAUGUGUGUCAAACAUUGCGUCGGUUCAUAAGCGGCAAUGUGACGGACUAUUAUCAUGUGUGUCAAACAUUGCGUCGGUUCAUAAGCGGCAAUGUGACGUGCUAUUAUCAUUAUUUGUGAGUCAAACACUGCGUCGGUUCGUUAGCGGCAAUCCGGUUAUGGGUGUGCCGUCCAUUAAUGCUUAUUACCAAUCUGAGGCAAAAGGCAGCGGUUGUCUCAUCAAACUCGGAUGGAAAACUCCUGUAGUUAGAUUUAGAACAAAAAAUUAAUUUUCUUGAAGGACACUGUAAGGCACUUUUA